AUGGACAUGAUAUAUGGGAAGUGGGAUGAUAGUUAUAACUUGUUGCCAACUUAUCAAGCUGAGCUUCUAAGAGUAGUACCCGGCAUUGAAGAAGAUGACAAGGGUGAUUUGUGUUUCAGUAGGUUCUUUGUCGCUCUUAAACCAUGCAUUGAUGGGUUCUUGGAAGGAUGUAGGCCCUACAUUGCCAUGGAUGCCACACACUUGACUAGAAGGGAGAGGGGUCAGCUAGCAGCAGCUGUUGCAGUGGAUGGUCAGAACAACCUAUUUCCAGUGGCUUAUGGUGUCAUUGAGACCGAGUCUAAGGAAAGCUGGACUUGGUUUGUGAAUAAUUUAAAGAAGGCUAUUGGUAGUCCUACAGGCUUGGUCAUUAGUACAGAUGCGGGCAAAGGAAUUGAGAAGGCUGUAGAUGAUGUGUACCCAGGAGUGGACCAUAGAGAAUGCAUGAGGCACUUGUGGAAGAACAUGAAGAAGAAUGGGUACGGUGAUGAGCUUUAUGGUAAGAAUAUGUGGGCAGCUGCCAAGAGCUUCACACAAGACAAGUUCAAGUACUUCAUGCGAAACAUAGAGGAGAAGGAUCCUAGUGCACUAUCCUGGUUGGAUGAAAAUCAUCCAUAUGUGUGGAGUAGAAGCCUAUUUGGGGAAGAAUGCAAGGUAGAUUAUAUCAACAACAACCUCUCUGAAAGCUUCAACAGUUGGGUGUCCCAAACUAAGGAUUUUCAAAUUGUGGAUAUGCAUGACAAGAUAAGACAAAUGAUCAUUGAGAAAUUUGUUUUGAGAGCCAAGAUUGCUACAAAAAUGUCAGGCACAAUCAUUCCAAGUGUGAUCCAUGCUCUAAAUGCUAAAGCCAAGAGUAUCAAGGACCAUGAGGUAUUGAUAUGUGGGGCUGGAAAUGCUGAAGUAACUGUGAACAGAUUCAGAAGAUGUUCUUCCUGCUCCCCACCUACCAUGUCAACUAAAGUUAUUCGAAACCUGGGUACGCAGCUUUGUGGCAUCGACUCUGGCAAGCUCGGGGAUGGAAGUCUGCAGAAGGGAAAGAGGCUGCAUCCCAUUGCAAAGAGGAACAAGUCUGAGGAUAGCAGAGGUCAGAAAGCUAGCCAGAAGAACUCCAAGGAGCAGAACAACAGGGACAGAAAGAAGGGAAAGAAGGAGGGCUAG